AUGCCUUCAAAAAGUGCUAUUCAAAAGAAACUUGAACGAAAUAGAAGCUUUCAAGAGCAAAAGAGGCUCCUUGCUGAUGAAUUACUUGAAGUUCAUCAAAAUUCGCAAGAACUUCGUGAAGAAUUAGAAGAUAGGAAUAAUACAAUUUUACUUCUAAGAAAUUGUGAAGAAGAAUUAUUGUGA